AGCAGACCUGCGACAGAGAAAGAAACAAAACUGCUCAGAAUCUGACAAAAUGGCUCCAGAGCAGAGAAACAAAGAAAACUCAAAGCUGGGAAGAUCGCCAAAAUAUAUGUUAAUCCAGCGUUUUGCAAAACUUUUCUUUGGCUGUCUGGCGGCAGUGACCAGUGGAAUGAUGUAUGCUGUGUACCUCUCAACAUAUCACGAACGGAAGUUCUGGUUUUCCAGCAGGCAGGAACUUGAACGAGAAAUUACAUUUCAGGGUGACAGUGCCAUUUAUUACUCAUUCUAUAAAGAACUGCUAAAGGCUCCUUCUUUUGAAAGAGGUGUUUAUGAGUUGACACACAACAAUAAGACAGUAUCACUGAAGACAAUAAAUGCAGUCCAGCAAAUGACUUUGUACCCAGAGUUGAUUGCCAGUGUUUUAUAUCAAGCAUCUGGUAGCGAAGAAGUUAUUGAACCAGUGUAUUUCUACAUUGGUAUAGUUUUUGGACUGCAGGGAAUUUAUGUGACUGCAUUGUUUGUAACCAGUUGGGUUAUGAGUGGGACUUGGCUGGCAGGAAUGCUGACUGUAGCAUGGUUCAUUAUUAACAGGACAGAUACAACAAGAAUUGAUUACUCCAUACCAUCAAGGGAAAAUUGGGCUUUGCCAUAUUUUGCAUGUCAAGUAGCAGCUCUCACAGGCUAUUUAAAAAAAAACCUAAAUUGUUCUGCUGAGAAGUUUUGUUAUCUUUUGGUGAAUGCUUCAACAUAUACCUUCAUGAUGAUGUGGGAAUAUAGUCAUUAUCUCCUGUUUGUGCAGGCUAUUUCUCUUUUCCUGCUAGACAGCUUUGCCCUGGCACAGACAGAGAAGGUGCAUGAAGUAUACAAAAUCUACCUGUUUUCUCUCUUCUUGGGGUACCUUCUGCAGUUUGAAAAUUCAGCCUUAUUAGUGUCACCAUUACUCAGUUUCGUAGCAGCUUUAAUGCUCUCUAAAUGCCUUCAGAUGAAUAUGAAAAAAGGUACAUUUAUGUCAAGAUUGCUGAAAGUAAUGUACAUUUAUUUGGUACUUACAGUGGCAGUGACACUAAACUUCUUAUUAAAGAUGUUUGUUCCUCAUAAAGAAAAUGAGCAUUUGCUGAAGUUCAUUGAAGUAAAACUUGGAUUAAACACAACUAAGAAUUUUACAAUGAAUUGGCUCCUUUGUCAAGAAUCUCUUCAGGCACCUUCCCAAGACUUUUUUUUGCGACUAACACAGUCAUCACUGUUGCCUUUUUAUAUUUUAGUAUUAAUUAUUUGCCUUUUUUCUGUAACUCAGGUCAUUUUUAGGAGAAUUUGUGGUGAACCACUGAAAGAAGCAGUUAAACUUGAGGAUGGUCGAAUUGGAGAGAGGCCAGAAAUAGUUUAUCAUGUCAUUCACACAAUUUUGCUUGGUUGUCUAGCAAUGUGUUUAGAAGGAAUGAAAUAUCUAUGGACACCUUAUGUUUGCAUGCUUGCUGCAUUUGGGGUGUGUUCUCCUGAACUUUGGAUGACACUUUUCAAGUGGCUUCGACUGAAAGCUGUGCACCCCAUACUACUGGCUCUUAUUCUGAGUAUGGCAGUUCCCACAAUAAUUGGAUUCAGCUUGUGGAAAGAGUUUUUCCCUAGGAUAAUGACAGAGCUUACAGAACUGCAAGAAUUCUAUGAUCCUGAUACAGUAGAACUUAUGACAUGGAUAAAGCGACAGGCUCCUGUGGCUGCAGUGUUUGCAGGCAGCCCACAGCUCAUGGGUGUGAUUAAGCUCUGUACUGGAUGGAUGGUGUCAAGUUUGCCUUUGUACAACGAUGAUGAUCUUCUGAAAAGAAACGAGAAUAUUUAUCAGAUCUAUUCAAAGAGGUCAGCAGAGGAUAUUUAUAAGAUACUCACAUCCUACAAAGCCAAUUUUCUGGUUAUAGAAGAUUCAAUUUGCAAUGAAGUGGGACCUGUAAGAGGAUGCAGAGUUAAAGAUCUAUUGGAUAUUGCUAAUGGUCAUGUGUACACGAGAGAGUCACCGGUUACUUCUAGGCAAUCACAGGUGGUUUGUGAGGAAGAUGACAACUAUGCCUACUCAAAAUAUGGACGAUUUUGUCAUGAAAUCAAAAUGAACUAUUCUCCAUAUGUGAAUUAUUUUACUCGAGUGUACUGGAAUAGAUCCUACUUUGUAUAUAGAAUCAACACUGUGAUAUCCUUCCAGUCAUGAAAAAGCAUGCAAGCUCCCUUCUGAGGAUUUAUUCUGAAUGAAUUUCGGUUUAAAAAGUUCCUUUGGAUCAAGGAAGUUAUUUUUUCAGAUAUAUGUGCACACGUGCAGUAUACUGACAACUUUCUUUUACGAAACUGGAAUUCUUUGGAACUACAGAUCAACAGACAGAGAUACCAUCCUUGAAGGAAACGGGAACAUUUAUCAAUUUUAUGGUCUCUACAACAUGUGACAGUCUUCCAUGUUUUUACAUUUUUCUUCCCAUUUUAAAUCAUUUUAAUUUUCAUGUAAAUGAGAUUUCUAACUUUAGUGUUAGAGAACUGAUGUGCAUAGACCUCAGUGAUAGCAUAAAAAUUAUUUCAAGAGCCCGUUUAGGUCAUGUAGCUUUUAUUUUUUAGCCAAAAAGCAGUUGGUAUCUUGAGUCUUUUCAAAUAAGUGUUUGGAUAUUUAGUUUGGUUUUUUUAAUUGUCAUUGUUUUAAUUCUCCCUGUCUUCCACUGUAAACAUUUCUAUGUUUAUCAAACACAUUUAUACAUCUUAUGUGUAGCUAUACUGUUUGUAUAAAUCGAAUAAGGAAGAUUUUAUUUAAACAACACUUCCAUAGAUUAAGGCACUGAUCUCUAUAUUGUUAGAGACAUGCUGGUGGAAGUGCUGGGGCUUAGACCUAGCAGUAGGAGCUGACAGGGUCAGAUCUUCAGUUUGGAAAGAACUUGUCUUCAGGAUUCUUCCAUGCCUAAGUGUGUAUGUGUGUGUAUGCAUAUGUGUGUCUUAGCAGCCAGCACAAUGGGCCAGUAUAUACCACAGUGUGCUUGUUUUCAGGCAAGUGUAGCAGGAGAGUUAGGUUUGCUACUGAGACUUCUGCACUUCGGCUUCACCCCCUCUGUGUGUGUGAGGUAUGCGUGUGUGUGUGUGUGUCUGUGUAUGGGGAGGGAUAGGUCAUGCUCAUUUCAUUCAAUUUAUUAUGAGAUAGCUAUAUUAAGGUAGUGCCAUAACUGUCAUUUAAAACACUAUAGUCACCACCAUUAGUAAAUAAUGGUACAGUCGUUCAUAGCUAUUUUUGUAUCAAUUAUGCAACUACACAGAGAUCUUUGAAAAGCUGGGAAAGUAUUGUGCAGUUUUGCUUCCCUCUAAAACCUGUGUUUGUUAUAUGACCCCCCCUUUUCCUCUGCAACUAUUUUUCUUAUCAUCUUGUCUGCUGCUGACUGAUAGACUUUCAAGAGAGUGAAUUAUGCUUUAAUUCCAACUCUGGGCCUAGUCCUUGUGUUGAGAAUGGAAAAUCCAAUAAAAGGCAAUGAUAGCUUUGCUUAACGUAGGUGUAGCUGGACAGAAAGCCAGAACAUAAGUUCUAGAAGAAGUUGUGCACCCCUUAAGAGUUACCUGUAGUUAGGUAAUUGUGUAACACCUGGCCUGGAGGCCAGUCUAUCAGGCAUGUGGGAAUAAUUCUUUAGAGCCCAGAUGUCUUUAAUGAAGGAUCUGUCAAAAUAGGAUGAACUUUCAACAGAAAUAUCUGCAAAUGAAAGCUGCAAAACGAUCCUUACUGCACUUGUUGAUAAAAUGCAAGAUCAGAGAUUUUAACUCUGAAAUUAUUAGGAACUGCAGCAUGUUGGUGUAUAUGCAUGACUCUUCUCUGCUCUAUGCAGAUACACUUCCUUACUUUACACUGACAGGUAGUGCUGAGAUUUUUUUAAACCUAUUACCACUUUUGGAGUGAUUUAAAGGAAAAAAGCUUUAUUGUUGUAAAAGUCAAUGUCCGUAAUCUGUUUUUUACUUUCAGUUAUAUUUUUAUGCCUAUGAGUCUUGACAAAAUGUUAACUUAUACAUUUUAUUUGAAACCAAUGCUCAGAUAAAUCUAUUGAAUAUAUGGGAUGUGGUCACUGAGAGAAACAUUUACCAGUACAACUGUGGUACAGGGUAAAAGUAAAUAUCCUUUUUGGGCAUACAGUCAUCAUGUUGAGGGGUGGGGGUGUGUGUGUGUCUGGUCAAGUGCAGGCUGCAUUUAUUUGCUUGUGCACAAGUACAUGUUUUACUGCACUGGGCUCUUUCAGGCUUUUCAAGUGCCAUUUAGCAAGAGAAGCUUGUAAAUUAACUUGAGCCAAGGCAGGCCUGCAGGAACCUCCCCUCUGUGUGCUAGUAUGGAUGUAGAUGUAAUAUUUGGAAGUAAGUUUAGAGUUCCUUAUACAAAGUAAGUUUGUUUGAAUCACUGUCAAAGAAUCACAUGUCUGUGUUUCAGUCAUUUUCUCUCUUGAAGUUAAUGAUUCAUGAAUAUCCUUUCAUAACAGCAAUAAGGCAUUCCAGGUAGCAAACUUCAGGGUUACAACUGCACUUGGGUGGAAGAAGUCGCAAAGCUUUCGGCUUCAUGCCUUAGACUGCCAUGCCAAGAUGCAAUAUUUAACUGUCCUUGACUGCCUGUUGUGUUUUACUGCAGUGCUGUAUGUAUGUCUUACCAUAUAGAACAUAGUUUGAAUACCUACGUGUAGAACACACAUAUUAAGAAAACCACAAACAAGGCCAUCCAGACAUCUAAACAAAGCUAUGUUGCAGCACGUUGGCCUUUAUACAUGUUUAAAUGAAUGUGUUGAGUUUUAUUUGAACUGUGACAUAGUUAUUGUUAUUAGUUUUGUCAUAGUUUUUAAGAUGUAUUCUUAAUACUUCAAUUGAUUCUACUUUAGGAGAAUCAUUUAAGAUUUUUACCUUGCUUUUUUAUAUUAGAGAAAAUUGUAUUGCAGCACCAUUGGCACAGCAGCCUUAAGUAACAGAAGGAGCCUUCUAUGUGAGAGAACAUUGUGGUUGUUCCUGUAAAAAGGCGUCAUUAAAAUGAGUGACUGAAAUAAUCAUAUCUUACAAACAAAGUGGAUUAAUUUCUUGUCCAGAUGUGGACUAGCAAAAAUAUUGUCUAAGCUCCAGCUUCUGUGAAAAAUAAACAAUAAGUUCCCUGAGAUAUACAAUUAUAUCCCUCAGAAGGACAACAGUAGGGCAUAAUUACAUCAGAUUUGUACACACACAACCCCAGCUUGGUUUUCAACUAGGUCACAGGUUUAACUUCCUGAAAGGGCUGGGGGAAAGUUUUACAAAUUUUGAUCUGCUUUGCUGUAGAUGUUGCAAUUCAGUUGAAACAUGUGCCUUGCAAGCUUUUAUUAAACAAACAAAAACCUCAA